AUGUCUGCUGCUGCUGAUAGAUUAAACUUAACUUCCGGCCACUUGAAUGCCGGUAGAAAGAGAAGCUCCUCUUCUGUCUCUUUGAAGGCCGCUGAAAAGCCAUUCAAGGUUACCGUUAUUGGAUCCGGUAACUGGGGUACUACCAUUGCCAAGGUUGUUGCCGAAAACUGUCAAGGAUACCCAGAGGUUUUCGCCCCAACAGUACAAAUGUGGGUGUUCGAAGAAGAAAUCAAUGGUGAAAAAUUGACUGAAAUUAUAAAUACUAGACAUCAAAACGUCAAAUACUUGCCUGGCAUCACUCUACCCGACAAUUUGGUUGCCAACCCAGACUUGAUUGAUUCUGUCAAGGAUGUCGACAUCAUUGUCUUCAACAUUCCACAUCAAUUUUUGCCACGUAUCUGUAGCCAAUUGAAAGGCCACGUUGACUCUCACGUCAGAGCUAUUUCCUGUUUGAAGGGUUUUGAAGUUGGUGCUAAGGGUGUCCAAUUAUUAUCCUCUUAUAUUACUGAGGAACUAGGUAUUCAAUGUGGUGCUCUAUCCGGUGCUAACAUUGCCACCGAGGUCGCUCAAGAGCACUGGUCUGAAACCACCGUCGCCUACCACAUUCCAAAGGAUUUCAGAGGCGAAGGUAAAGAUGUCGACCAUAAAGUUCUGAAGGCCUUGUUCCAUAGACCUUACUUCCACGUCAGUGUCAUCGAAGAUGUUGCUGGUAUCUCCAUCUGUGGUGCUUUGAAGAACGUUGUCGCCCUAGGCUGUGGUUUCGUCGAAGGUCUAGGUUGGGGGAACAACGCCUCUGCCGCCAUCCAAAGAGUCGGUUUGGGUGAAAUCAUCAGAUUCGGCCAAAUGUUUUUCCCAGAAUCUAGAGAAGAAACAUACUACCAAGAGUCUGCUGGUGUUGCUGACUUGAUCACCACCUGCGCUGGUGGUAGAAACGUCAAGGUUGCUAGACUAAUGGCUACUUCUGGUAAGGACGCCUGGGAAUGUGAAAAGGAAUUGUUGAACGGUCAAUCUGCUCAAGGUUUGAUUACCUGUAAAGAAGUCCACGAAUGGUUGGAGACAUGUGGCUCUGUUGAAGAUUUCCCAUUAUUUGAAGCCGUAUACCAAAUUGUUUACAACAAUUACCCAAUGAAGAACCUUCCGGACAUGAUUGAAGAAUUAGAUCUACAUGAAGAUUAG